CUACCUGGACUCCGCAUGGCCAACGACACCCUCUCUGAGUGGAGGAGACCUGCAGCAUCAGCCUCCAGUCGCAGUGUGGGCUCACCAACGCUGUGGAGGACGUAGCGCACGUCCUGCACUGCAUGAGCUCCAGCCACCUCUCCCUGACCGAGGACAGCAUCAUGGCCCUGGUGGCCGAGAUGACCGACCGCCUCAGCUCUUUGGUCCAGGAGCUCGCUACCACGGACUUUGAGGAGGUGGUGGACUACUUCAGGAGCUCUUCCACCAGGUGGACUCCCCCGUCCUGGCCCCGGAGAACCUGGAAGACCCAGACUUCGUCCGCCUCUGGUUCAGGGUCAAGCUGCUGCCCCUUCUCCCCGACGUGCCCCUGGACCUGUUGACCUGCCUCAGCAUGAAGAACUUCACCUGCCCCGUGUACCAGGCACUCGUGGAAGAGCUGAGUGAGCACAUGCCACGCCUGGACCCAGAGCUGAUGCACAGUCCCAUGGUGUACGAGCACUUCAUCUUCCCCUUCCUGUUAAACCACAACGACACAGAUCCUCAUUGUGUUUCAUCAGCUGAGGACAGCGAAGAAUGGCUUGAGGAUAACUUUGGUUUCUUCUCCGUGUUUGCCUCCCUACGAGAGCUGUACCAACUAAACCCAAGCUUCGCUGCACUGGAGACCCUGGACAUCCUGAGCCCCCAGCAGACCGCCCAGCUGCUGGUGCUGCCUCUCCCCUCCCCGGAGGGGAAGGAGGUCAUCAUCAACGCUGUGUUUGACUACCUGCUCGAGGCGCCUGAGGAGCACCAGUUCCAGGAGGUUGUGCACUACACGGCCAUGCUGGCCAGGGAGGUUAACCCACCUUGUGCUGUGAUAAGACUCAUCAUUGAGCGUCUGUACGCCGCUUUGCAAUCCUUAAAUCCAUUGUUUGAACCGUUCACUUAUGAGCACAUCGAUAAACUCAUACAAGCAGCCCCAAAAGAUUGUUUGCCACAGAAUGUCACGUGCCCAAUCACCCAGUUCGACGGUUCACGCAUCUGCAUCGGAGUUAACAGCACCGGGCUGCAGACUUACCUGAGCAUGUCAGACUCAAUGGCUGUUUCCUGUAACUUCCCCCUGGAGGAAUAUGCAUGUGCCAAGCUGGAAAACUUCACCGGCGGUCAGCUGGUGGCCCUUCUGAAGUGUGAUCUGCCCGGUAACCACAGCCACUCCAGGAGGGUGUGGAAGCUGCUGCUCACCAAGCACCUCCCCGUGUUGGAAGCAGCCUUGGAUAGGCUGGCUAACAUGAGCACGGUGAUGAUUGGCCCAUCGGCCGCUGAGGUCCUGGAUGUGAUCGGAGAGCUGAGAGUGGGCUUGCUGAGCGACGAGCAGCUAAGGGACGCGGACCUGAUGAGGUUCUGGUUCUCCGGACGCCUCAAAGGGUUCCUGGCGUCCGCGUCCGGGAGAUUCCUCAACUGCCUCGUCGACAGGAACCUCAGCUGCCAGUCCUACCAGCAGAUACUGGAGGCGUUCAGCGGGCAGUUUGACAACAUGAGCCCGCAGCAGCAGCACACGGUGCUGAGACGUCUGGUCCUUCCCUUCCUCUCCCGCCAAGACCCAGACAGAGGCUGUGUCUCAGGCCUCAAUAGCACAGAGUGGCUGCAGAGGAACCUGGGGCGGUUCUCAGCCCUGCUGUCCCUGGAGGAUCUCCUCAAUCUGAACCCAGCCUUCUCCCCUCUGGAGGCCCUGCCGCUGCUGUCCCCCGGGCAGACUGCAGAGCUGCUGCUGCUGCCGGCUCUCUCCCCCGAGCCCCAGCGGGAGGUGAUCCAGGCGGUGUUCACCUUCCUCCGCGCCGCGCCCGGGGACAGGCGGUUCCUGGAGGUCCUCGACCACCUCGUCGACUUGUCUGAACAGCUCGAGGGAAACAUCUCCUGCUCGACAUACAGAACAAUUUUCACUGAGUUAGACCGGGCCAUGGUCGUGGUGCCUCUGCAUGUAGCAGCAGCCAUCGACCACAGCAAGCUGCGGCUCUUCAGCCACAUACCCAGAGACUGCAUCAUAUACAGCGGACAAUGUCCCGUCCUGGUUCUGAAUGAAACAAGCAUUUGUGCGGAAGUUAACAGCACUUUGCUGCAGCAGUACCUGGACCGGGGCAAGAUAAACCAAAGUGUUUGUGACUUCAGCGUCGAGGAAUACGCCUGCGCAUCGCUGCCGGACCUGGCUGCGGAGGACCUGGCAGCCGUGUUGACGUGCAAUAACUCCCGUGCGUCGCGGGCCCCCCUGGCCGUCUGGGAGCUCCUCUUCUCCGAGACCACCAAGGUUCUGGGGCCUGCUCUGGAUCUCCUGGCCCACAUGACCUUCCACCCCAGCUAUCCCGCCGCCUCCCUGAUCCUGGAGGCCAUCAACAACGUCCGGCUGCAAAUGCUCCCCCCGGAAAUCUAUGAGAGCGAGGCCUUCAUCCGCCUGUGGUUUGGCCAGAGACUCCGCCCCUUCCUGUCGGCCAUCUCCCCCGACACGUUGUCCUGUCUCAGCACCAAGAACCUCAGCUGCAGCACCUACCAGGCCCUUGUUCAGAUCUUCAGCCAACACCAGCCGUCCAUGGAGCUCGAGACCCAGGUCAAUGUCAACGUCUUUUUCAUCAGGCCCUUCCUCACCCGGAACCACACUGAAGAUCCAAACUGUUCAGAUAACACAACCAGUGGACAAUGGCUGCAGAACAACUUUGGGGGAUUCUCUGCGCUGAUCUCUGUCAGCGGCCUGCAGAUGCUGAAUGCAGACUUCGCCCCGCUGGAAGCCCUACCCUAUCUGACAGUGAGACAGCUCUCAGAGGUGUCCUCCACCCCAGGACUGCUAACCACGCCCGACCAGGUUAACAUGGUGUUGGGCAAUGUCCCCAGCUCUCAGCUGGACGCCUUCUUUGACUACGUCUCACCUGCAAUAAUGGGUCAAGAGGAUCGCUUCCCCUCCCCGGUCAGGGCAGCCAUGUUACAGCAAGUGUUUGACCGCGCCAACCUCUCCGAAACCCGCGGUGAGCGAUGCGGAGGUGCUGGUCUGGCUCAACGACAGACUGCGCCCCCUGUUGGUGGACUUGUCUCCGUCCCACGUCGCCCCCUUCUUCAGUCUGGUGGCCGGGAGGAAACUGCAGUACAGAACAAGAUGGAGUGGGGAUCCUGAAUUCAAGUAUCUCAACGCUGAAUAACUCCACACUGAAUAAUAUACACUGACCAAAUCAUCCUGCUGCUGAAGAGG